AUGUUCAAUCAGUCUACGAGGAAAUCCAGGAUACCCACCCUGCUUGGAGAUUCACCCUUCCAAUGCACGGACCUACCUCUCGAUUUCGACUACAAACAGCACGUGAAAUCGUACAACGAUGUGAUCAACUUGAACAAUGCCAGGAUCCAAUCGUCCACGAGAGGGUACAUUCACAAGGAGAACGUCGCCAGUAACUACAAGAUUGCAAAAAAAAUUGGCAAGGGCCAAUUUGGGGUCGUAUACAAAGCUCACGAUCUGCGGAAAGGCGGCGUCGUGGCGCUCAAAAAAAUGAACAAGCGAGGUAAUGAGAUGUCUAUGUUUGGGAUGAACCAGAUCUUGCGCCAGAUAGAGUUUUGGAACUCGUUGCAAUGGUUUGGCCCCCUUGUCGGAGACGAAGUCACAAUGCUUAUCAACUUGUUCAAGAUACGAUGGGAGAUAUUUAUUAUGUCGAAGUUGAUCAAGAACCGCUAUUUUAUUCAAUUUAUUGAGUGCAUUGACCAACCCGAGACCCCUGACGUUUGGAUGGUCUUGGAAUGGUGCAACUUGGGCGAGUUGCAAUGGAAAAGAGAAAAAGCAAACUCACUACUACCGCAAUGGGUGCAAUUCCUUCCCCAUGUUACUAGCGUGCAAGAGGUCACAAUUGCAUGCAUCGAAGAUUUAUCAAAGGCGUUAAAGUUUUUAAAGAAAAAUGGUAUCGUCCAUAGAGAUGUCAAACCUUCCAAUAUUUUACUGGAUGGCAACACUCAAACUUUCAAACUGACUGAUUUCGGAUGCAGUGUUCUAAGCCCGACAAUGGCGGAGUUCGAUGUCGCUGCUGUAUCUUCAGAGUUUAUACAGGAUGCCUUCCAUCGCGAGUUGUAUAAAAUUGUAGGGACACCUGCGUUUAUCCCACCAGAGCUGUGCAAUUUCACUAAUGGGAAUAAGAAUGGCGAGGAGGCCAUUGAUGGAUUCAAAAUUGAUAUAUGGGCUCUUGGUGUGACUUUAUAUUGCCUUCUGUUCAAUGAAGUGCCGUUUUUUGGGGAGAACGAGUUUAGCACAUACAACAAAAUCGUCACCGAAUCACUAUUGGAUAGGCUGGACGGAUCGUCGCUUACCGAUCUCGUCGUAAGGAGGUUACUGGAUAAAGAUCCUAACACUCGAAUCGAUAUAGAAGAAUUACUCCCGCAAGUGGAGAUCGCGCGGAAAUCUGUCUCUAAGACACUCAAGGGACGCGGUAGGAAUAAAAAUGGAUCUCUCAAAAAAAUGUGGAAGAAAGUUUGGAAGGGGAAGAGUAGCAAUCCCACCUCGGCUCCGAAAAAUACGAUUUCUACUGCAAAUGAGGAUAUAACAAUAGUCGAAUCUUUUGAUUCUCUACCGUCAGUGCGAUCGUCCUCUUUUGAAGGAGACCUGGAAGAUGAACCGACGCAAAUUGUCAACCUUAUUAAAUUCGACUCUCACGAGCUGCAUCAUAGGCACAGGGAGGACCAGGAACAUCAAAUUGUAAAUGAUGAUAGGUCAAGAGCACUGGAUCGGAGGACUACUUAUGUAUCGGAUAAUUCAAUUGACGUCCCCACACCAAUAAAGAAAUUGAUAAGAAUUAAGGGCACACCUGAGAAGAGCGAGGGGUAUACGGACCAUGCAUCAGCUACUCCCACAAAGAAGAACCAUAAUCAAACUUGUUUACCGGAAUCUAGGAAUAUCAUCGAUUUCAAGCAUUUCACUGAUACAAAUGUUGGCCAAUCUUCAGAUAGCUUCAAGGACUAUCUGCAUUUUGUUGACGAAAUAUAA